AUGUUCCGGCGAAACACACAUUCCGACGAGUUGCACGAUGUGUGGUAUGAUGGAGGUGUGCAGUGCGGUGGCGUUGCUGCAGUGCGAUGGUGGUGUUGUGUUUUGGUUGUGUUGGGGUUUUUGGAGGUUCUUGUAUUAGGCUCUGACGACAGGAGGAUCAUUCACUGGGAUUGGGAAACUGGUCAUGUUAAACUCUCUUUUCAUUCAGGUCACCACAAUAAUGUAUUACAAGCAAAGUUCAUGCCUUACAAUGAGGACCGAAGCAUUGUUACCUACUCGUGGGUACUGUUGAUGCAGUGCCUCUGGCGAUGGAGGUGGGUGAUGGCGGUGGAUCUGGUGGUUGCAUGGGGUGCUGUUGGUGUAGUGGUGGCGGUGGACGGCGAUGGUGAUGCUGUUAGAGACAGCGUUGAACUGGUGGUCACAACUGUUGACGGUGGUCAUAGAUUAGACUAG